AAAGGUGAAUGAGAAAGGGAAAGGGAAAAAGAAAACAAUGGUCGAUGUCAUAAAAUGGGUUUAGUGGGGUUUUAGCUUUUGCAAUGAAAGAAAGAGAAUGUUAUAGGUUUUAGUGGGAGCAGGCGUGCCAAUUGGGUUUUGGGGAGAGGAAGAGAAGGUUUAAAAAAAAAAGCUGCCGGCGUGCAUAACCAUCAUCAAACCCACCAUCAUACCACAUUUACAUUCCUUGCCUCCUACUCCCUCUCCAAAACCUGCCAAAAUUCCCUUACUUUUUCCUUUUCUUUACUUCUUGCAUUAUCCCAUACAUAUUCAUAUAAUAAUGCCCCUAUGCUAACAUCUAGGGCAUGCCCCCUCCUCCACUCUCAUAUCUUAUAAUCUUCAUCUCUACAUACACCCAAAAUUUCAAAACCAAAACCCCACACAAUGCCAAACUCUCCCAAUUCUUACCAAAAAAAAAAAAAACCCAAAUUGAAUUCACCUUGUCUCCACCUUCUUUGUCCUCAAGUGCAAUCUUAAAUUCUCUCUAGAAACAAAAUCUUUUUUUGGGUUUGGUCUUAAGCUAUUGCUACUCUUGAAUCAUGGCCCUUGUCAUUGAAAUUGUGGGGAGUUUCUCUGGUCCCUGGUUUUGUUCGACAAUCAUUAGGAAAAUUCCAUGCUUGGACUCUUUGUCCUUGUUUGGAGCUAUAAGCUAUGAUUCAGGACAAGACCAGAGUGGUGCACGUUCUGUACGUAUGGGAAAAGGGCAACUCAGUCAUGACUCAAACUCAAUUCCCAAUACUAACCACAUCAAAAUGUUCUCCAUAAGUUAAUUUCUCAAACUCCAAAACCAUAGGCAAGGGCAAAGCUAGCGUAGGCAAACCUUUAAUUUAACUGACCGACAAAUUAAAUGGAAUAGUCAGUU